UUGUGUGAACAACAAUUGAUUCGCGUUAGAGGUCCAGCUGAUGCGCUUUUUCGUUAUCAGUUUAAUUGAUUGUAUAAGGGCAUCAUUGUUGUGUUAAGUGAUUCGCAUUUUGUUUUGUUUUUUUUUUAAGUGUUUAUCUUGUCCAAAAUACUUCAUUAGGAAGAAAAUAGUUUCAAUGAUUACACGAUCCAGAAAACGUAAAGGCGAUAUUUUUGUUGAGCUCAGUUUGGUUCCUAAAAAGCGCAAGUCGAAGCCUCAUGUCAUCACCAAAAAUAUUGUCGACCGGAGUUUGGAAUUGACUGAUCCGACACCAAAUCUCCAACAUUUAUUUGCAUCACUUGAUACAGGACACUUUGCUGGUCUUCUAACCAAAAACCAUGUCGAGGUAAAAUGGGUAACAACAGACGUAAAUUAUACUGGAAUUUGUUUCACUUACGAGCCGCGUGAACAGACGGAUGAAAAGCGGAUCGUGAUUGAGUUAAACGAGCAACUGUUGAAGUUUCGCACUAGACGGGAUUUAGUCGAAACGUUACUGCAUGAAAUGAUUCAUGCAUUUUUAUCGAUCAAAGACUCAUGCGAUGAUCAUGGGCCAAAUUUUCUAAAGGAAAUGGACCGUAUCAAUGCAGAGACUGGAGCCACGGUAUCGAUUCAUCACAAUCAUCACAAUGAAGUUGCAUUGUAUAAUAACCGUCUGUGGAGAUGCAAUGGAAUAUGCAGAAAGAGAUCGCCACAGUUCGGCCUCAUACGGAUUGAAACGGGCAGUCUUGUCGACUUCGAAGAUCAAUGGUGGUGGUCGUAUCAUCUGAAAAAUUGUGGAGGAAAUUUUGAAUUGGUUCCAGUACCGGAAGUGCACCGGGUUCAUCUUGCUCAGCAAAACCAAUUUCUUCAAGUUGCAGUAACCGAACCAGUUGAGCGCAAUGCAAAUGCACAGAAACCGAACGCUGAUACCGUUACAGACAGCAAUGGCACGCCCAAGAAGACCCGAGUUGAAAAUGCUUCCACCAUGAUGUGGCUGGGAAGUUAAUUGUUCGUUCGAAAAUCGAUGCAAUUUUACGAUACGAAAUUUCUACUAUGUGAGAGCGGGUGUAGUUUUGCGGUUUCUGUUAAUCGAAAAUCGAACGCUACUACCGAAACCUUUUUUUUAUCCAUUUCUAUACGAGCUGAUCUCUAACUUUUUUUUGUGUUCUUAGCUAAAGUAAGAAAAAAUGACGAAGUUUUCUUCUAUUUUUUGUUAACGAGAUUUUUUGUUUUUGUUUGAAGUAUAUCUUAUUCGGAUACAGUUGCUAAUUCAGUGUUUAUUUUUCUAUGAAUUGAAAAUU